AUGGGGACUGUUGAGGAAACCUUGAAGUGUCCCGUCUGCCAGGAUGUCUUCACAGAUCCAGUGACACUCCCAUGUGGACACGACUUCUGUCUCACCUGUAUCCAGACUGUCUGGGAAACAGAUGGGCGUAAUGAAGGCCCCCGCUUCUGUCCCGAGUGUCAGAUAUUCCUCCCCUCUGAGCUGACUGUGGAGAUAAACACCUCUCUUCAGAGCAACGUGAAGGACAUCGCCAUUGACAAGCCACCAACAGCUCAGCCACAGGGAGCAGCUCUGAGCAGGGCCCCCAAACCACCUUCAACCGUCCGCUGUGAUCACUGUAUAGAGACGCCAUCGGUGGCCGUGAGGACAUGUCUGACGUGUGACGCCUCCCUGUGCCAGGCUCACUUCCUGCUGCACGAGCAGAGGUCAGCUCUGAGGGAGCACACGGUUGUGGAGGUGACAGGAGACCCGCUGUCUCUGAAGUGCAGGGAGCACCGUGACGAGCUCAAGCUCUUCUGUAUGGAGGAGAAGGUCCCUGUGUGCUGUUUGUGUGUGCUGGUUGGCGUGCACAAGAACCACAAGGCAUCUCAGCUCCAUGAGGCCUGCGCACACUUCAAGGGCAUGUUAGAGACCACUAUGAACCAUCUGCUGAAUAGGAGAAGUGAAGCAGAGUUCGCCAUCAAGGACUUGGAGUCACUAUACACGCAAACAGUGAUGUUUGCUGCAGAUUUCAGGGAGAGAAUCUCAGACAAGUACAACAGGAUCCGUGUGGUGCUGGAUGGCGAUGAGCGUCUGAUGAUGCAGGUUAUAGAUGCCGAGGAGACUUGUAUGACAGAGUGGCUGGAGGCCCAGAGGAGCAUGAUGGAGGCCCAGAUUAAAGAGAUAGAUAGUCUCAGAGCCUCCAGCAAGUCGCUCCUCCAGGACACAAAUGAUCUGCGUUUCCUGCAGCAAAUCACAGCACAGAAUCUUUGUGACCCUCUCGAUUUAGCACCAAUCCAGGAAGUAGACAAGGACCUUUGUGACCCAGAGAAACUGAGAACAGUAGAGAGGCUGGUGGACGACCUCUCAGUGGCUCUGUCCCAACACUUUCCACGAAUUUGGUCGUAUCAAAGUACUCCUGCUCUGGACUCAACGACAGCUCACCCAAAACUGGAAAUAACCCAGGAUGGGAAGCAGGUUUACUGGAGGAGAGAGCCUGUCAGUGAGGCCCUGAGCCCUCAACCCUAUGACUCCCAGUACAGUGUCCUGGCUCGCGAGAGUUUCGCCUCAGGCCAGCACUACUGGGAGAUCAUUGUCCAGGAGAAACCCUACUGGCUGAUAGGUGUGACUACUGGGCCGGUUGAUAAAAAAGAUGGAACAAGUCAGACUUCCUCCAGCCUGCGUGUGAACAACACAUCCUGGUGCAUCUAUCAUGGGGACGGGCAGUACCUGGCAUUGCACGGUAACCAGGAGAAGAAGCUGUCCGUGGGAAAGAGAGUCAGGAAGCUGGGCAUACAGACCAAUCUCCAGAAGGGGGAGCUGUCAUUCUACGAUGCUGAUGCAAUGAUGCUGCUUCACUCUUUCUGUGUGCAGUGCACAGAGCCUCUCUACCCCAUGUUAAAUCCAUGCAUUGAUGUGAAUGGGCUGAAUAGGCAGCCUCUUACAAUGUUUUGGAUCAAGGACCCCUGGGAGUAGCAUGUAAACACUGAUGGAGGUGAAGAGUGA